AUGGAGCUCCCCAGUUACAACAAGCAGCUGCUGCAGCAGCUGUACGCUCUCUGCAAAGAGCAGCAGUUCUGCGAUUGCACCAUCUUCAUUGGGAACGUUCAUUUUAGAGCACACAAGGUGGUUUUAGCUGCUGCCAGCCUGCUUUUCAAAUCCUUGUUGGACAGCACAGACACCAUCUCCAUUGAUACUUCUGUUGUGAACCCUGAGGAGUUUGUGCUUUUGUUGGAGAUGAUGUACAGUGGCAAACUCCCACUGGGGAAACACAAUUUCACCAAAGUAAUCUCCGUGGCAGAUAGUCUGCAGAUGUUUGAUGUGGCUGUUAGUUGCAAAAACCUCCUCAGGGACCUCAUCAAGUGGUCGACUCAGGACACGGUAGUGCAAGAAGUCUCCGUCCAGGCCGCCAACUCAUCUGGAAAUCAUGCUGAAGCUAAUAACGUGCCCCAGUCUGAACAACCCGUUGAAGGAAAAACAGAUAUCCUCCUUCCUCAGAGGGUUGCCCCUUCUCCUGGCCCUGUAGAAGCAGAAAUGGAAGCAGGUGUUUCUCCUCCUGGACAGGAACUUGCCAUGAAUCACACCUGGGUUCACCAGGAUGCGAUGCCGAGUGACUCCAGAACCCUACGGGAUGAUUCAAGCUCUUGUCCUGAUCAUCCUUCCUGUGCUGAGCAGGGUGGCAGUGCAGAAGAGGAGCUUGCUGAGCCUCCAGAGGAGAAAGGAGGAGUGAGGCAUUUAGCAGCAGAAAGCAAAAGCUGUAAACUAGAUUUCUUUCUUCGAUAUGAAGGUGUUUUCUCUGAGGCCCUUUCUGAUGCCCGAGCUGUGCUGAAAAGAGUAGAAGAGUGCAGAGAAAUUGAUGCCUCUCAAAAGGAGGCUCUGGUUGCCUGUCUGGCAGAAGCAGGGGAACAGUCGGUGUUCAAGAAGCUGCUGAGCAAAGUGAAGGACACUCAGACCCUCGUGUCUUUGCUGAAGCUGUUUCAAGAUGCAAAUCCCCGGCUGAGAAGGGCUUUGCUGGAGAGAGAAGGGAGCAGCAGAGAAGCCCUGCAGCAAACAGAGAGCACAGACGAGGGAGAGAUGCUGACUGCUCGCUUGCUGGGACACAGGGAGGAGCUGAUCCAGAGCGUGACACAGCUGAGCCCCAUUGUAGAGUUCCUGGAGGCAGCAGAAGAGGGAUUUCUGACUGCCUCGGAGAAGCGGGUAGUUUUGGAUUGCUGUGGAAGUGGCUCUGAGAGGGAAGCCAUGGACAGUCUGCUCAGGAAGGUGGAGGAGGAGAAAACCCUGAAAGCGGGAAGUUUGGUCAGACUUCUGGGGGCUGUGAAAGCAUCGUUCCCUGGUCUCCACCUUCUGCUGGAUGACUUGGUGGCAACAGCCAAUGUCUCUGAUGGCAAAGCCAAAUGGAGCACAGAUGAUUAUGGAACCAAAUUGUUGAGACGGUACCGAGAUAACUUAGUGGAGCUCCUCACAGACACGCAGAUGCUGCUGCAGGGCAUCUCUGCUGCACAGAGCCUGGAUCCUGCUGAGAGAGAGGCGAUGGAGCAGGCUGUGAAGCGUGAGGCUGGCGGUUUCGCAUCCCUCGUGUCAGCGACACUGGAGGAGCGGUCUUUGUCUGUCUCUGCCGUUUGGCAGCUGCUGCUGGCUUUGCAGAAACCUGCACCACUGACCCUGCUCAUGGAGGAGAUCUGGAAACAACCUGGCGCAGAUGUUUUCUUCCAAGCAGUGGCCAUCAGUGAGAGCACAGCCAUUGAGAUCAUCCUGAGGCACAGCAAGCUGAUCUCGUAGGCCAUCCAGCAGAGAGUGGACCUGGAAGGCUUGGCUCCGGGGGAGGCAGGACUCACAGAAGCAGUAAAAGAGCUACUGAGUAUUUCUGCUCAGAAGGAAAGUUCAGAGGCCUCCUUGAAAGCAGCUCUGAGCACAGCCCAGGAGAAGUCUCUCCCCACCAUCAAGAUCUGUCAGCUGCUGUGCAAUGUCCAUGAAACCUUCCCGGACCUGCAGCCAGUGAUGCAGGAGCUGGGGCAUGUGG